GGCCACACCAUGGCAACCGAGAGCGAUUCGCUGGCGGAGACAGCGACUCCAGCCAUUCAACUUGGCAAGACCGCCGACCCCGCCGUGUACGGAGAUCUGGAUGUGUCCGUUCCGCAGACUCCCGCGGACGAUGAUAGCUGGACGACGCGGCCGCACACGUUGCUGGUUGGUUUGAUCACGUUGGUGUACUUCUUGUACGCCCUGCUCCACGAAGACCCGGCAUCGACGUCGUUGGACGACCUCAAGCGCGGCGUGAAAUUUGCAUGCAUUUUCUUCCUGGUGUACUGCGUGUUGCAGCUGCGCGACGGCCACUUCAUUCGACCGCACCCUGCGAUAUGGCGGUUGAUCACGGGCAUCUUUAUCCUGUACGAAAUGGUGCUGAUCUUGUUGCUCUUCAUGAAGACUCCGGACGCGCGAGCUUUUCUCAAGCACUACGACCCUAGCCUUGGCGUGCAGCUGCCGGAAGAAGGGUUUGCCGAGGACUGCCGCCUCUUCACGCCCGAGCACCCGACCAACGCCGUGGCAAACUUCUCCGCGACGCUCUUUGAUCGGUUCGUCGUCAUGCAUUUUCUCGGAUGGAUUGUCGGCGCGGUCAUGAUCCGCAGCUACACCGUGUGCUGGUUGAUCUCGAUCUUGUUUGAGUUUUACGAGCUCAGUUUUGCCCACUGGCUCAAAAACUUUGCCGAGUGCUGGUGGGACCAAAUCAUCCUGGACGUGCUCUUGUGCAACGCCGCGGGCAUUUGGAUUGGCAUGCGCAUCUGCCGGUACUUUGAAAUGAAAAAGUACAACUGGGUCGGGUGGCGCAAGAUCCCGACCGUGUCUGGCCGCGCCCAACGCUUCGCCGCGCAGUUCACCCCGGCCAACUGGCUCCCGUACGACUGGAAAAUGUUUCGCUCGGCGACGCGAUUCUGGAUGGUCCUGUUUAUGGUGGUCGUGCUGUCUGUGAUGAUGCUCAACUCGUUCUUCCUCAAGACCGUGCUGUGGGUCCCUGCGUCCAACUCGCUCAACGUCGUGCGCCUCACGAUUUGGUACAGCGCGGGCAGCUACGCGAUUGCCGAGUUUUACGUAUUCAUGUCGUACACUGCGCCGAGCCACUUGCCGGACGGAGCGACCGCGCCGUCCCGGAAACUCGGCCCCCGCGCCUGGCUCGGCCUCGGUGUCGUCGUGACCGAGAUCUGCUUGAUCCUCAAGCACGGUCAAGGCAUGUUUACGGCGCCGUUUCCCACGAUCGUCAAGGUCAGUUGGGCCAUUGCGUCCGUGCUGGUCUUUGGCGGGUCGACGGUCUACUUUACCAUUGUCCAUCGCAACCGACGAGCACUCGCGGCAGCCCACGCGAAAAAGACGAAUUAGAUUCCCAUAGCAAGCAAAAUAGAGGUACCUGCGAGUGAACGCGCAAAGUUUGUUUGCCGUCGG